AUGGUUAUGGCACCUUCGGUUCUUUCUGUCGAUGAUACUUAUACCACUAAUACUUAUCAUCCCCAUUGGAAAGAUCCCGUUGUGACCAACCACACUACCGACCAUGGGGUGAUCUCACUGUCUGUUCCUCGGGGCCAUAAGGCUCCGAAGGAACUGGUUCUAGACCAACUCCGAAACCGUGUCGGCACGGUCGACAUGGCACGUUGCGACCCCGGGGAUGAAGACGCCUUCUAUGUGGCCGACAUGGGCGAGAUUUACCGCCAGCACAUGCGCUGGAAGAUGAACCUGAGCCGCGUCAAGCCUUUUUACGCGGUCAAGUGCAACCCCGAUCCGGAAAUUCUGCGUCUCAUGGCCAAACUAGGAAAUGGGUUCGAUUGUGCAUCCAAGGCCGAGAUUGACUUGGCCCUUCAGACUGGUAUCGACCCGAGCCGAAUCAUCUACGCUCAACCCUGCAAGACUAGAUCGUACCUCCGGUAUGCUGCCCAGAAAGGCGUGAAGCAGAUGACGUUCGACAACGCCGAUGAGCUGUACAAGAUCAAAGCCGACUUUCCCGAAGCCGAGCUUUACUUGCGCAUCUUGACCGAUGAUUCCAGCAGCCUCUGCCGCCUCAGUAUGAAAUUCGGUGCCUCUCUUGAUAUCGCCCGUGUUCUGCUGGACCUCGCAGCGCAACUUGGCCUCAAGGUCGUCGGCGUCAGCUUCCAUGUCGGCUCCGGUGCCGAGGACCCGGCAACUUUUAUCAAGGCUGUCAAGGAUGCUCGUUGGGUCUUCGACCAGGCUACUGAAGCUGGCCAUGGGCUCCACACCCUCGACGUGGGUGGCGGGUUCAGCGACGACACUUUUGAGAAGUUUGCCGCGAUCUUGGGCAAGGCAGUCGAUGACUACUUUCCGGCAAAUAUCCGUAUCAUCGCCGAGCCUGGUCGCUACUACGUCGCCCAAGCCUUUACUCUGGCAGCCCACGUCAUUGCCCGCCGCGAUGUACGCGAUCCCCAGGAUCCUGCUCGUGACGCCUAUAUGAUCUAUUUGAAUGAUGGCGUGUAUGGCAACUUCUCAAACAUCAUUUUCGAUCACCAGCACCCCGUCGCCCAGAUUCUGACUUGUGCUGGCAGCGGUUCAGAUUCUUCGAGCUCCUCCGUUCCUAGCUCUCCUGUUGCUGGCACUGAUUAUAGCAUCUGGGGACCGACCUGCGAUGGCAUCGACGUCAUCAGCGAGCGCAUCACCCUGCCUGGCUUGGUUGAUGUUGGAGAUUGGCUGUACUUUGAGAACAUGGGCGCAUACACCCGCUGCAGCGCUACUCGCUUCAACGGGUUUCCCGACAGCCACGAUGUGAUUUACAUUUCUAGUGAGGCGGGUGCGUCUGCUUUGCUAGAGUAUUGA